AUGGAAAUAGAACACAAAACUUUUUGGGCUGUGAAAAAAUGCAAUCUGGAUUACAAUGAAGCAGGGAAGAAAAGAAUAUUACAACUCCAAGAGUUAGAUGAAAUAAGAUUGGAAGCCUAUAAAAAUUCAAGAAUAUAUAAAGAAAAGGUGAAGAAAUUUCAUGAUAUGAAGACUCUUAGGAACGAGUUCACAUUUGGGCAAAAGGUUCUCCUCUAUAAUUCCAAAAUGAAACUUAUUGCUGGCAAAAUAAGAUCCAAAUGGGAAGGUUCCUACACUAUUGUCAAAGUAUUUCCCCAUGGAGCGGUAGAAAUAAAAAAACCAGAGAUUGAGAAGAGUUCCAAAGUUAAUGGCCAUCAAUUGAAGAUCUUUCAUGAAAAGCAACCAUCAGACUUUGAGAAGAGCACAAUGCCCUUCAAGGAACCUGUCAUGGAAGAACAACCACCAUAA